AUGCCAGUCCUGCGCAGAAAGUCCUCCAAAGACAAAGCAGACAAUACCCUCCCGAAGCUGCCCCUCCCGGAGCUCUCGGACACCCUGGCCCUCUACCUGAGCAGCAUGAAGCACCUGCUCACAGAGGAACAGUUCCACACCACUCAGAGCCUGGUCAAACAGUUCAGCGCCCCCGGAGGAGUGGGGCCGCUACUGCAGCAAAAGCUUCAGGAGAGGAGGGACAUCACCGACAACUGGGUGAACGAGUACUGGCUGAACGACAUGUACCUGAACAACCGGUUGCCUCUGCCUGUGCACUCCAGUCCCGCCAUGGUGUUCCCCCCACAGCCCUUCAGAGCCCCCAGCGACGCCCUGAGUUGUGCUCUGCCUGUGGACUACGCUCGGGGACAGUUAGCCGGGACCCCCAUGUGCAUGGAGCAGUACUACCGCCUGUUCACCUCCUAUCGCCUCCCGGGGCCUCAGCGUGACACUCUGGUGGCCCAGGAGAGCUGCGUGAUGCCCGAGCCGGAGCACAUCAUUGUGGCCUGUAAGAACCAGUUCUUUGUGUUGGACGUGGUAAUAAACUUCCGUCGCUUGAAUGAGAGGGACCUGCUCACUCAGCUGCAGAGGAUCGCCAAGAUGGCCGACAGCGAGGAGGAGCGCCUUCCCCCCGUUGGGCUGCUCACCACGGACGGACGGAGCCAGUGGGCGGAGUCUCGCUCGGUGCUCAUGAGAGAAUCAACCAACAGAGACUCUCUGGACAUGAUCGAGCGCUGCAUGUGCCUGGUGUGUCUGGAUGAUGCUAGCGCUGCAGAGAUUAGCGAUAGCACGCGGGCCACACUAAUGCUACACGGAGGAGGGCCUAGCAAGAACGGAGGCAACCGCUGGUACGACAAGCCCAUGCAGUUUAUCAUCGGAGCAGACGGCAACUGUGGGGUCGUGUGUGAACAUUCACCCUUUGAAGGCAUCGUGCUUGUCCAGUGCACGGAGCAUCUACUGAAAUACAUGAUUGGAAGUCCGUCCAAACUAGUGCGAGCAGCCAGUGUGAGCGAGCUGCCGGCCCCGCGGAGGCUCCGCUGGAAGUGCACACCAGAGAUCCACAAACUGCUGUCGUCAUCGGCCGAUAAGCUGCACAGACUGGUGAAAAAUCUGGAUAUGAAGGUGUCCAAGUUUUUUGAGUACGGGAAAGAGUUUAUAAAGAAGCAGAAGAUGAGUCCAGACGCCUACAUCCAAGUGGCUCUGCAGUUAGCCUACUACAGAUGUCACGGUAGACUGGUGUCCACCUACGAGAGCGCCUCCACCCGUCGCUUCAGAAAGGGACGUGUGGACAACAUCCGCUCAGCCACACCCCAGGCACUGGCCUUUGUGAGAGCAAUGGCUGAUGGGAAGCUGAGUUCAAGCGAGAGGAUGGAGUUGUUACAAGGCGCUAUAGCCGCACAAACAAAGUACACUAUUCUGGCGAUUACAGGGAGGGCCAUAGACAAUCACCUUCUGGGACUACGGGAAAUAGCACGUGAGCUGAAGAUGGAGACGCCAGAGAUAUUCAAGGAUGAAGCUUAUCUCAUCAGUAACCAGUUCAUUCUCUCCACGAGUCAGGUUCCUACCACUGUGGAGAUGUUCUGCUGCUACGGCCCCGUGGUCCCAGGAGGGUAUGGAGCCUGCUACAACCCUCAGUCCGACUACAUCAUCUUCUGCAUCUCCAGCUUCGCCGACAGCCCCCACACCUGCUCAGUGGACUUCUGCAGAGCCGUGGAGCAGGCUCUAAGGGACAUGAGGGAGCUGUGUGACACAUCAACAAGUGAACACACGCACAGCACACAGGGUCAGAGCACAGAGGAGCCGGCCAAGAAGCAGGCUGUGGCCAAAGGGCUGCUGAAGACAAAACAGAGCACAGGGCCAGGUGCACGCGUAUUCAAGACAGUCGCCAAUGGAGACGCGCACAGUGUCACCAAGGCAACCGACAACAAACCGACAACAAACAACAUGUGUGGACUUGUGACCAUGAUGUACGGCCCGUACGAGGCGUGUGGGCAAGUGCUGCACCGGACCAGCCGCCUGCAGGGCAUGCGCAGCGCCCUGGCCACGCACGGACACCAGUGCGUGCAGCAGGAGACGCGCGAGUGGAACCGCGUGGAGCUGAUGGUGAAGGGCAGGAUAGUGUUCAGCUGUGACAUCAGAGACCUGCUCUUUGGGGGAGAUGGACAACUGGACCCUCUGUGCGCACAGGCUGUUCAGGCAGUAGAAGACUUCCUCUCACUCAAUGUGCCACAUUGA